AAAUGUUUCCCCCAAAACAUUAACCACUGCGAUAAGUGGUUCCUAUGUGGAUUCUGGUAACAAAUGCUAAUAUGUCGCAUGUCGUCAACAAGAUGAAAAAUACAUUAUUUAUGUCCCACAGAUAAGAAGCACAUAAUUUCGGAUAUCUGUAAUCCACACACAGCGGUGAAGAUCAGUGAUGGAUUCACUAAACUUUGAGUCAGAGAUGGAGGCAGAUGGGCAGGGCAGUUAUUCUCUGUUUCCAGCCCUGGACAAUAUGAGCAGCCUUACGGGGGCAACCGAGAGUCUGGACGCUGAAACCCCCAAUGAGGUUACAGACAAACCAAAUCUUACAUGGCUCGACGCUGCCCAGAUUGUUCUGGAAGAGGCUGGACGCCCCAUGCACAUCAAGGAGAUCAAACAGCGUAUCAUUGAUCGUGGAUUGGUGCAGUCCAAUGCAAAGUCGAGUCUUGAGGCAGUCAUGUACCGAGAGACACAGAAAGGGAGUCGACGCUUCAAGAGGAUUGAGAGCAGAAAUGGAGUUUUUGCCCUGUUGACAGAUGCAGAAAGACAGCAGGCACUGCAGUCAUUCUCUGCCCAGCCGACCUUCUCAAGUUCGGGGUCUGGCUCGUCCCUUGGUCCCCUACCUUCUCCUACCAGUCACACUGAGCCGAAGCCUAAGGUCAGGAAAGGUCCUCGCAAGAACCAAAAUGAGAAAUACAGACUGAAAUACAUCCGUCUGCGCAAAGCUGCCCGUGCCAUGAUAUUCGAAAAUGCAGCACUAUAUGAUGAAAUUGCUCACCUGGAAGAGAAGUUUGUGCGGGCGAAAGAGGAAAGAAGAUUCUUGCUGAAGUCUUUAUUGCAGUAUCAGUCUCUGGGUGAAGUUGAGCCAAUCCCAACUCCCAGCUGCAGUACACAUACUCCAGUCACUUUGAGCUCGGGCACACCAGGGGGCGCUGUUCUCUCAGGAAGCCACAGCCAGGGAUCUGGGAUAUCAGGAUCUGAAGACAGCCUAUUGAAGAAACCUAAAAAAGAGCGAAAAGACAAAGGAAGGGAAGAACUUAUAAAGAAGAUUUGCAAGAAGAGGAAAGUCACAGAGGGAGGAGUUCGCAAACUUGUGCAGCCAAUCACUCUGGACUCGUCCGGCAGGCCGGUUUUUCCCAUUGUGCUCGGUGGACUCACUGUUUACAGUCUGGGGGAGAUCAUCACAGACAGGUCUCUGUUUCACGAUGAGACUGCUAUUUAUCCUGUGGGCUUCUGUAGCACCAGAGUUUUCGCAAGUAUGAAGAAUCCUGAUCAGAAGUGCCUGUACACCUGCCAAAUCAAAGACGGUGGCCAAGGACCGCAGUUUGAGAUUGUGCCAGAGGAUGACCCACAGAAUGCAAUAGUGGCUUCAUCAGCCCAAACCUGCCACGCAAACCUGCUGAAAGCCAUUGUUGCCCGAAGAGGCAAACCAAUGGCAAACAUUGUGCCAUCCGGAGCAGAUUUUUUUGGUUUCUCUCACCCCACCAUGCAGAACUUAAUACAGAGCUGUCCUGGGGCUCGCAAAUGCAACAAUUAUCAGUGGGUACGUUUUGAGGUAUGUCGGCCUGGAGAUGGACAGGUGGCACACGGCCUGUCAGAAGAUGAUGCAUCUGUGAACUUUGAAUCCUUCCAGCGAUUGCAAAGCUGCGAGGAGAGCCUGACCAAUCAGAACCUCACACCAGAACAGAACAGUACAGUGCGAACCCAACAGCCCAACACAUCAUCUCACCUGCUGAGCUCGACAGUGCUACAGACCAAUGCUGUGACAGCUCUCUCUAACACAUGAGCACAACUUACACACUUGCCUAACAAAGUGCUCAGAUUAUUCACGAUUAGUCUUACAAAUUUAUUUGUAAUGUGGAGCUCAAUGUUUGCAUUGUGCCAACUUUUUGGAUAGCUUUCUGCAUGUCACAGUACAGAGCAAUAUUGGUCUGAUUACGUUUGAUGUGAUUGAAAAAAAAAAUUUGUUCUGUAUUGAUUUGUACUAUUAUUGUUUGUUAUUAAAGUAUUUGACUUGGAAUUACUGUCAUGUGCAUUGGAUAAACUGAAAGGAUGGAUUGUGUUUGAGGUUACAAUUAGGUUAACGCAACUUGUUCAUCCAGUUUUAUAAAGCUCAAAAACCCUGAUGUAUCGCUUGUCAGUAAAUCACACAACACAAUAAAAAACCAACCCUUAA